UGACUCUGGAACCGUGCAAUCUGUGCCACUGAAAAUGCUCUGAAGUCACGUUCAUUACCUGCCUUUCAGGUAUGAAGUUUGCCUGUCACUUCAGGACGUGCAAUACCUGAAAGAGAAAAUUGUGAAAUAUGACCUUGCUGAAUCAGAUUCGCCGACUGUUGUGCCUGACACUCGCUCUUUCCUGCCUGACUUUAGGAGCCGUCCUGCUCUUCGUUGACUUCAGGACCAAUUACGUCAUCCACUUGAGUUCGCGGGACGCUGGAACUGUCCCAUCCAGAGAUCGCCUAUCGGAGGAUGUGAUAGACGUGGACACAACAACGCAGGAAACGACCUACUUUCAAAAUGCAACGGUAUUGGGAGGAUUACGUCCUAGGCCUACAUUGCCAGAGCCAAGAGGAGAAGCCGAACGAAAACCAGUUGGGGUCUUCAGGGACGAAUUAUUUGAGCCUUUAAUGGCUCUUUAUCGAAAGAAGGCGAAAGGAAAGCUCGCUCCACAAAAGACGAAUUUCAGGUCUGGCAACAAGCCCUGGGUCCUGAUUUGGGCAAAGCCCUUCUCCCGCCCCUUUUGGAGAGGACAGCUCGCUCACAUUCGGCAGGACCUCUGUCCGUUGCCUUGCAGUGUGACUUUUAAUGCAGAUAAGAUUGAUUUGGUCGACGCCGUGGUCAUUUACCUCCAGAGGGCCCCAAAUGCGAAAGAGAUAACAAAGAGCCUGGGCCGCCGAAACGCCCUCCAGCCCUGGAUCAUGCUGAGCUUCGAGGCGCCGCCCCUGGCCAACGACUACUAUAAAAUCCCUUUCGAAAACUUCGACGGCCUCUUCAACCGCACGAUGACGUACCGCCGCGACUCCGACGUCAGAGUGCCGCACGGUUUCGUCGUGCGCAGGGGCUUCGACGCCAGAGCCGUGCCCCGGAGGUGGAUCGCGCCCGCUGUGAUGAAGGUGCCUUUCAGAAGGAAGAAGCUGGCGGCCGCUUUCAUCUCCAACUGUAGACCGACGUCGGAUCGCCUGCCGUAUCUGCGGGAGCUGAAGGGCUACGCCCCCAUCGACAUCUACGGCAAGUGUGGGGACCUGAAAUGCGGGGGAAGUUUGUGGAUUUACAAGAAGUAUGACCCCACGAAGGACGUGUGUCUCAGGAUGAUAGGCGAGGAGUAUUUGUUUUUCUUCGCUUUCGAGAACACUUUCUGCAAGGACUACUACACCGAAAAGGUUUACAACAUCCUCUAUUAUCCCGUGGUUCCCGUUGUGAGAGGAGCGGGCGAUUACUCCACCGUCUUGCCUCCUCAUUCUUACAUUGACUCGAGUUUGUACUCCCCAAAAGAGCUGGCAGAGAAACUGUUAUUUCUACAAAGGAACCCAAAGGAAUAUCGGCGGUAUCUGGACUGGAAGAAACAUUAUCGGCCUUCGACCAUCGGGGGGGAGAGACUUCUGUGUCACAUGUGCGCCAGACUCUAUGAUUCAGACUUCUACGAGCACAAGGUCAUCGAAGAUUUCAAAGAGUGGUUUGUGGUCAGGUCGAACUGCUCCUAUCGAGUUCUUGCCUGACUUUCUCUCCAUCUAAAGACGUUUCUUCUCGAUGGAUCAUUUUUAUUUCCACACAGACUUCGAAAUAUUCUAUCUUCGCGCCGUCACUCGAAGACUGCAUCCACACAUCUCUAAAUCAUGUGUCCAUCCAAAGACUGUGACUCCUCGUAUCUCGAAAUGUGAAUUCAAGUAACGAGUGAGAAUCCAUUCUUUAAAUCGUGCUCGUACCAGAAGUCUCAUUUUUUACUAUUAAUUUUCUCGUUUUUGAAUCUUGUACCCAACCAAAGACUGUGACUCUUCUUAAAGGCCCCUGACACUGAACGAUUGUCUGAACGAUUGUCUUUAUCGACACACACACACUAUUCAGACAGUAUGAACGAUCUCCACACCGAUUUCAGUCUGACCAAAGAUUUUCUCUCGGGUAGACAUGGCAUCAUCUCUAGAAGAGACGUGCGCGAUAGCAUUAUAUCGGCAGACAAACCCAUACAUUGAACGACCAGUGUAUGACAGACUUAAGUCGCAAGCCAGCCAGCUACCUGGUCUGACAGAUUCCUGCUGAGAUCGUUCAGACACGAAACUCCGCCCACUUUUGCAUUCAGACAAGCCCAUACACAAUGUUUUUUGCGAACGAUACAGGCAAUCGUUCAUACAGUCGUUCAGUGUAUGGAGCCCUUAAACUGCACACGUAUCUGUAUCAUCUUGAACCCUUAAAUCUUUACCCAUCUAGAGACUGUACCUCCUCAUAUCUCUAAUCGUAUAGUCAACCUAAGAAUGUGAGUCCUUUCUUUAAAUCGUGCACGUAUCCGAAGUCAUGAUUUCUCUUAUGUUUAAUUCGUGCACCCAUCCAAAGAUCGUUCAUUUUCGCAUCUCUAAAUCAUGUACCCAUCGAAAAAUUUGAAAUGAUUUUGUUUCUAAACAUGUACCCUUCCAAAGAGUUAUCGUACUUCCAUCUUCGGACAGCGUUUGUAAUACACACUCUUCCUGCCCUCCUCAUUUCUUAUGGUCGAACAGUCGCAAACCCCGGGCACUACAAAAGAUAAUUAUUAUUGAGCCCGUUGGCGAUGGUUUUACUUCCUUGAUAUUCUCUAUUCAAGGUUUCCCUUUGUACACCGAAGCGUCUCGGGACUUGGGAGAUGGAAGUUCUCAUUUGAGUGUAACUUACAGGAAACUUUGUAUUAAAUUUUUUUUAUGCAUGGAAUUUUUCAAAUAGAAUGACUUAAACUAUCCUGCCAUUUCAUCUAGAGAAUAUAGGUAGAGAAAUGAAUAAAUUCACAUGAUGUAAUACGUUAUGAUUUUAUAGUCCUUGAGCUAUAUUAUUAGGCCGUUAGAUUCUUAGAGAUUCUUGUAAAAAAAAGAGCAGCGUUUUUAUUUUAUAUUUCACUUUAAUUUUGUGAGGAAAACUGAACAUGUAAAAAGGCAGACAGAACGGGUGAAAUGUAAAAUGAGCUCGGUUGGUGCUGUGUUAUGUUAAAUGGUUAUUAAAGUUAUUAAAAGCUGUUAUUAUUAUCAUUAUUUUAAGCUGUUAAUAUCCAGUAUGGGAUGCUAACCAUAACCAUUUUAACUGUAUACCAGUGAAAGCACAGGCUCUUUAUCCACUCGGCUACGGAGCUUAUUGCUGUUCAUUUUACAUUUGUUUACCAUUUCCAUUAAUAGCAUUAUCUUGGAGGU